CAUGCGCUGCAUUCCAAUGUUUUGUUUCCUGUUCAUGUCUUGUCUCGUUGAAAAAUAUCAACUAAAGCCUUUUCCCCGUUAAUUUAGACUUCUACAUCUAAGUCUAGGAUAUCAUUAUGAACAAAUUUAAUAUAAAGUAGAAUUACAACACACAAGAAAUGAUAGAAUUACAAACUAACCGUUGAAACACGAAUGUUUUGGAGGUUGCCAUAAACGCCGAAAAUCUCCAUGCAGUGAAAUUUGAGACUACAGUUAUAGAAAGAUACAUAUUUCAAAGUUUUUUUUAAGCAGGAAAUAACAUGACCUCAAUGAUGGAAUCUGACAUUGACCAAUUUAUUCAAAAUCAGAAAGCAAAACUUCAACAGGAAAGACAACAGUUAGCAGAUGAUGAGAGAGGUGAGAGGGUAGGGCGUAGACAGUGGGAUGACCCAGGACAAGAGACACAGUAUGCUGAACAGUUACUUCCUAAGAGGACUAUUAUGGUCAGAAGUAAUACACUACCAGAUCCUAAAUCAAUGAGGGAGUUUGACUAUAAAGAUGCUAGAAAGGAGCUGAUGAAGGAAAGAAGGAAGGAUUAUGAGGAUUAUCUGAGGACCUAUCAUCAUGAUCUCAUACCAUUGUUAUCAACACCAGCAAACUCCACACCACAAACCAGACGUUACAACAGGCGACAUAGUCCAUCUCUACAUUACCCAAUGCUACCUCACUUCUCAUUUGAUCAGUUUAGGGACAAGAGCUCCGAGAAGACAAAUGAAUCGCCACGUAAACCUGAAGUUGAUUACAAAGAAUGGGAGCUCUCCUUCCAAAAAGAAAAACAAAGAGACUAUAAUCAAUAUUUAGAACAGAGAAAACGUAGAACAAGAAAACAACCUACCCCUCCAGGGUCUGGUUUAAAGUUUGGGGAGUUUGAGGAAUAUCGUAAAAAGAUUGACCGACAACGCAAACAAGAUUACAAGGAAGAUCUAGAAAAGCAACAGACAGAGCAAAUGAUGUUAAAAGCACAAAGAGAUUAUAAUACAGUUCCCUAUGUACAAACUUCUCCUCGUUUUGAUCCGUCCAAAGAAAAACUAGACCAUGAAAUAAGUGACAGGAUAAUGAAUCAGAAGUUCAAAGAAUUUGAUAAAAUGAUGGCGCUGAAUAAGACACAUGACCAACAUGUACAUGUAGAUAAACGAAGGACAGAACGUCCACUGCCAAGACCACAAGAUAAGGUUGUACCAGAAGAAAAGACACCAGAGAAGCCGUCAGAGCCUAACAACUAUUACGACACAUUUCACUAUCAGAAACAUCAGCAACAAUUGAAGGAUGAAAGGCAAAAAGAGACGAGACAAUUCUUUGAACAGCGGGCAGACCCCCAAACAAACAGAACAAAUGACCCCCCUAAAGAAGAAGCACCAGGGCUUCAGCUGGGAAAAUAUGAAGAAAAAAGAAAGAAAUUAGAACAGGAAAGAAAAAGAGAAUAUAAUGAAAUGCUGGCCAAGCAAAAGGGUAAAAGGUCCAAAGGUGCACAGUUAAGGGAAGAAAGAUCACAGCCCCAGACACAAAGGGAAGAAAGGUCAUAUGCACGACCCCAGCCAAAUUAUCCAGAUCAAAGUCCAAUAGCACAACCACAGCCCAGAGAUACUGCCAGAUCAUCAUAUGAACAGUAUGAUAGGUCUAAACAGCUUCAGGAAGAUAAAGAGAAUGAAUAUUAUGAUUUGGUCAGCAAGCUUCAGCAUGGAAGAGAAGAUAACUCUGUGGAGAGAUUACCUCAGGGGAGACAAACUUCAUAUACUGAAGGUGAAACAGCAGCACUUACAAUGUUAGAGGAGAAAGAAAGAGAAUAUCAACAACUUCUAAAUGAGCUACAAGUAGGACGUAUUGACUCUGAGGAACAAAAAAAACCUCUUGCUCUUCCUGGUAACUCUGAUGAUGUUACUGAUCCUGAGUCAGGAGAUAGAAAACUCCUUAAUGGGUCACCACCUCUGUAUCUCCUCUCAGAAAGUCACAUGGAUGAUGUUGAGAAAAAAAUGGAGAAAUUGAAAAAAAAUCUUAAAGACAGGAAUGAAACUGGAUAUAGUACUGCUGAAUCCCUGUUGGGUGAAAUUGGUGACCAGUUGGAGCAAGUGCAAACAUUGUUAUCUCCUUCGUGGCUCAUUCCAAUGCCAAUACAAAGACGAUAUCUCAAGUUGUUAAAAAUUUACAAACACCAGUUGAAAAAAAUAUAUAGCCGUGAAUUCAGCUCUGAGAGACAGGAAAAAGAGAGGGAAACUCACAGAGAGCAGUUACCACCAAAACCCCCGACUCCAGGGGGAAUGUUUAAUAAACUUGGUGCCCAUGAUAGACAGAGGGACAAAUUAAACGAAGAAAGAAAGGAGGAGUACAACAGAUUGAUAAAUGAGCAUAAUGAAGCAUUAGUUGGAUUAAUAAAGGGAGUUAAUUCUGACGUAGAGGCCAGAACUGAGGGUGGCCAAAGAGGGAGAGGUAAAAGAAGUGAACCAAAGGAGAAUUAUCAACCAGAACCCCGUCAACAGCCAGAACCCAGACAAAGACCUUCUACAGAUGAGGCUCCUGGUGGUUUCCUGAAAGGUUUGAAUCCAAGAGAUUCAGCAGAGCAACGCAAAAAGCAGCUACGCAAUGAUGAAUAUAAUGAAUUUUUACGACAGAAAGGUGGUAAAGGUAGAGGUCGACAGACAGAGGGUAGACCACCUCUUCCUACCUCAGCAAGAAAUCCACGACAUGGUUAUAAUGACACAGAACCCCAAAACAGAAGAGUAAACUCUGCCACAAACGAGAGAGAUGUUGGGAAGAAAGAUGACAUAUUUGCUACGUUACCUGGGUUACAUUACAGUGAUUCAGCUGAGAAAAGAAAAAUGGCAGUGCGAAAUAGAGAAUAUAAUGAAAUGCUACAAAAUAAGGAUGGGAAGAGACGAGGUAGGUCCAAUGAGAAUGGUCCUCCAGGUCCAAGAUCUGGUUGGCAGUCCCCAUCUUAUGAUGAUGUGCUAGACAGGAAAAGACAAGAAGAAGCUAGAUAUAGGCGUGAUGAUCCAACAGGAAUGAGGGCCUACAAUAGUGAAGGAGCUAUUGAUACACUGGGGAAUGAUAGAUAUAAAGAUUUGGACAGAGAAUAUGAAACAAGGAAAGUCAGAUUUCGUGAUCAGAGAUCUAAUAUUUUGGACAAUGACCAGUGGUUAGAUUCUGAUCAGGCCAGACGAAAUGAAGAAUAUCAAGAUUUGUUAAGUAAAGUGCAGAGUUCCCCACAACAGUCGCAACAACCGCCACAAGCCGUACCAAGAGGUCCUCCACCGAGGGAGGAACCACCGUCUUCAGAAAUGGCAACUUCGUAUUAUGCCACAUUGCCAGUCGGUACUGACAGAGGUGGCAAUGAGCGGGAUAGUGCCAAGCGUAGAAAACAGAACAAAUACAGGGAUGAAUUACAACUACAGAUGAAAGAAACUCUGGCCGCUAAAAGGAGAGAGAAAGUAGAAGACUUAAGGGUUGAUGCUUCUGGAUUCUUAGACCCAGAGAAGACAGUAAGGAGAAUUGGAAACCUUGGUAAUCCUGAAAUAACCCCAAGACGACAAAUUAGAAGUCCAGAAGUUCAGCCAUAUCAUACCAAGUUUGAUCUCAGUCCUCGAGGUGGAAGGAAUGGACAGGAUUUAAAUCUAGACCUUGGUGGAAUAGGUGGCUAUACACCAAGAGAGCGAGGACGUCCACAGAGACGAGGUAGAGGAGGAGGAGGUGGUGGCUCUGGAGGGGGAUUAUUAGAUUCAGGGUUUGAAGGCCUUCUCGAGUCAAGACCCAGAAACGCAUAUGCUCCACCAGGAAUACAGUAUCAACCAUCCUUUGCAGACCCAUCAGACACAGGAAGGAUUGGUAUCCCAAGUACUUAUAUAACUGGAGGGGGAGGAGGAGGAGGUCUAAACAACCCAGCUCUCAGUUCUAUAGACGAAGCCUAUCAUUUCUAUGGAAUGAAGAAUCCAUUAGACCCAGAGCCUUCGGGAGGUGGUGGUCCAGAUAUUCCAUUAAAUCGUUUAGAUGAUCAGCCAUAUAGUCGUCGAAUGUCUCCUCCUAGAGUUACUUUCGAAGAUAACACUAGAGCCAGGAGUAGAAGUAAAGAGAGGAUCUCACCAUAUCAGUUUCCUAGUGAUGAUGAUUUUAGGAGUAAAUCAAGACAAGAUCAGAGAACUUACCAAGAAGAACUUCAGCGACAGAUACAAGAAAAGAAAUACAGGGAACAAAAAGAGAAAGAGGAAAAAGAUAGAUAUGAAAGAAAAUUGGAUGAAGAAAUACGUAACUAUAAUCCAUUCGGUCGUGGUGGCGGUGGAGCUCCAAUCAAAGAUAAUUCUGGCAAUGCAGUCACUGACUUGAGGUCUAUGCAUUAUGAGAAUGUUGGAGGAACAUCAGCGAGGUCUCCACCCCCUAGGGAGUCACCAAGAUUCCGAGCUCCUGCUUCUCCUAAAGAUGAUCUCAUUAAACCUCCUCCAAUGCAACAGAAUGCUAAAGGGGAAAAUACUUAUGCUAGAGGUGGUCAUGGUAUAUUUGGACAGCCUAGGACUGAUGCAGAGAAAGACACAGCAGAUAAAUAUAAAGAUGAUUUACGUCGACAGAUUGAGGAAAAAAAGAGAUAUGAUCAAAUUGAAAGAGAAAAGGAAAAAAUUGAGGAAGAAAAAGAAAACAGACGUCUGGAGGAACAAAGGAUAAAAAUACAGCAGGAAUAUGAAGAAGAAGUCAGAAAGAAAAGAGACAAAGAAGAAGACGCUCGAAGAAAAAAUGAAGAACUUAGAAAACAAGCUGAAGAUAGAAAGAAUGAGGAAAGCAGAAAAAGGAGAGAGGAUGCUGAUGCUAAAUCAAGAGAGAAACAAGAAGAACAAGAUAGAGAGAGAACAGAGAGACAAAGAGAUGACAGAGCUGGUUCACCUCCUAUACCAGCUAUCAGGAGUAAACUUGCAACAGAAAACGGAGAACCUUCGGAAGAGAAAAGACAUGUUUCUAAACCUCCUCCUAAGUCUAAAGAACCUCUACCUCCUAAAAAGACCAAUUAUAAACCGGAUGAUUUUAAACUUAGUAUAACAAAAAGAGAUUCAGCACCAAAUAUACAUGGUUACGAUCAUUUCCGUACAAGUUCAGUCAGUCUGGAACGUCCAACAACACAGACAAGAAUUACCCCAGAAAUCAAAACUCCGACGUCAGAUGGGCGAGGCAGGUCACCGCCUGUACCCUCACACAGAAGCAAGCCAGAACCUCAGGUUGCUCCACAACCUUUACAACUAUCCAGAGCUAACAGUUCUGAUGUUCUAAAAGAAUUAGCUACAAUGAGAAAACAAUUACAGAGUGAAAGAAAGAGAGUAGAAAACGCACUUGAAAACCAAAAGAAUGAACCAGAUGUGUUUGAUCCCAGAAUGGUACAAAGACCUCCACCGAGAGAAAUAGAUGUGUUUGAGAGAGCUAAACAAGGCCAUGCUGCUGUACCACAGAGACAGUCAGAUACAGCAAAUCCUAGAACAUUACAAGAAUUUAAUGAAUUAAAAUAUAAAACUGAUACAGAUUCCCGGCGAGCAUUUAGAAGUAUGUUUCCUGAUGCACCUACCUCUAAUUCAGCGUUAGAAUCACAACAAGAUGCCUUGUUACGUCAUCAAGAAGAUACUCUCAAAAAUCUCAAAGACAGAAACUAUGGUACUGGACGACAGGGGACUAUGAGUCCAAAGUCCAUGCUGAAUUCCAACAGUGCAUUUAUAGAUGUAGAUACAGUCAACCAUUUCCCUGAAGACUUCGAAGAUUUACCCAAACGGAAUGACUCAGCUAGAAUGAGAAGAAGAGAAAGACUUCCUCUUAGCCCAAGGCCUGAAAGCAUAUCAUUAAACCCUAUGGGAUCUACAACAAGUUUAGAUGUUGACAGGAUACAGAAGAAGAAUGAUGCUAGGUUACGGAGAUUACAUCAGAUGAACACUGAUGAUGUUUCGAUAGCUGAUCCUGAUGAUAUCUUAGACAGAUUUAUGGCAAAACAAAGAUAUAACAGACCUCCGUCCGGCCAGACACUCCAAGAUGAUUCAUGGUUACGACCUGGAAGUAAAGCAUUUUAAUGACAAAGAUCUGCAUUCUAAGAAUGCUUAACAUGACAUUAUUAAAUGGUGUUACACAAAAUAUUUAAGCCUUGUAAAUGAAUGCAUAUUUAUUUGUAGAUAAUUUGAUAUUGUGAGAAUAACACAUGCAUUUGUAUGAAAAUAUCAUGAAAGUGAUUGUUAUGGCAAUAAUAUCAAUGAAAACAUUACAUUCCUAUGACUGUUCUUAAUGUAUAAACUGGUACACUUGAGUAUAGAUACAAUGUACUACAGGUGACAAAUUCAUUUUAGUGCUAAUUAUUGAAUAAUUUAUUUUUAUAUAAUUUCAUGAAAUGAAUUUUAGAGAGAGAGAGAGAGAGAAUAUAAUGUGAAAGAAAUCAGCAAAUGUUUAAACAUAUAUAGUCUGUCAAUGAGAGGCAGAGAAAUAAAAAAAAAAAGUAGAGCAGUUUCAACCAUUAUUUUAUAACAUACAAAAUGGAAAUCAUUAUUGAUAUAAGAUUUUAGUGAUGUCCGUAGAAAUAAUGAGGAAUUAUGAGUAUGUUUUAUAGGCAAACAUGAUUCACUGCCAGUCAGAAUUUUAAAUAUCUGAACUGAAGAAUUAGAUAUUUUAUCUAUAUACAUGUAGUAUAUUAUUGUUAUGAGAUCUGAAAUCUCAGGUUUAGUCAAAUUAUCUGUGAUAACCUAGCCACAUGUUUUUGUCUUCAUCUCGUUUUACACAUCAGUAAUGACAUUUUAUUUAUUUAUCAAAAAAAUCUUUAUAAAUCUAAUUUGUGUUAUACAUUUUAAUUAAUUUGUUUUAUCUUAUUUAACAUGUUAAUAUCGGAUUUUAAAUACGUUUACCAACAUUACUGACUUCAGAAAAUUAGUUUGCCACAUCGAGUCAAGUGAUUAAAUAACAGCAGUACUUAUGAAGAUUUUUGGUUUGAUUAAUAUUUUGUGAUGUUCUAACAUUGUUUAUCAGAACUGUGGCUGGUGUAAUAAUUCGUCCAUAUUUGUUACUUGUAAGUCACUGUUAACAAUUAACAGUGCAAUGACAUAUUUUUAUAGAAAUAAAAAUAUUGGAAUCUA